GUUGGUUCGCUGCCGAUACGUGGGUAUCGUGUGCACGCGCGCGCAGUGCGGCUCCGUUACGAUAGUCGGCAGUGCGUGCGGGCAGCGUAGCCGCCAAGUCUGCAGCCGACAAGGCUACGUCCACUUGGUUACAACAAAAGCCGACUAUUCAAAGAACACGACUACAGCGAUGAAGAUGGCACCUAUGGCGCAGCAGGACGGUCUGUUUGCCAAAGUUCUGAGCUUCUUGCUUCGCUGUGGUUGCGACUGCAGCGAGCUGUGCGACAGCGACUGUCUGCGCCCGCGCCGCAAGGGCUACAUCCGCAAGGAGGACAUCGUUUACGAGGUACCGAGCCAGACGUCGUGGACGUCGAUCGACCAGCGCACGUCCGUCGACAGCUUCAGCUCCGACUCGGAAUCCCGCCGCAGUAUCAGCACGGCGGGAGCCGACGUCGCCGGGCCCGCCCCGAUUGAGUUCUGGACGGCGAGCGUCGGUCGCGAGCACGCGUCGCCGCGCCUGCACGCGCCGCGCCGCCGCAGCAGCCUCUCCAAGCUGUCGCACAUACAGCCCGAUCUUUACGAGAGCUUCGACGAGUCGACGGACCUGACCGACGACGAGAAGAGCGCCCUAUAUAAGCUCGGACAGGUGCACUUCAGUCUGCAGUACGACGUCGCCUCGCAGGCGCUUCUCGUGAAGGUGAUCGCCGGUAGAGACCUCUGUCGGCCGCCCGACGACAGGCCCGAAAGGGGCCGGAGAGAGCCGAACCCUUACGUGAAGGCGUGCCUGCUUCCCGACCAGAAGACCUGCCAGCAGACGUCCGUGAAGCGGAAGACGGCGGCGCCGAACUGGGACGAGGUGCUUCCGUUCGCGCUUGCGCACAGCGAGGCGCAGCGGCGCAUCCUGGAGCUGAGCGUGAUGGAUCAUGCGCCCCGACAGCACGUCGUGCUCGGCCAGGUGCACCUGCCGCUGUCCGGAGUCAACAUCGUCAGAGGGCGCCACAUGUGGAAGCCGCUGAUGCCGAGCACAAAGGAGAAUCCGGAGCUAGGAGAGAUACUGCUGUCGAUCUAUUACCUACCCAGCGCCGGCAGAUUAAACGUAGACGUCAUCAAAGCCAAGCAACUGUUGCAGACGAACAUAACGGGCGGUUCCAGAAUAUCGAUAUUCGAAACCAAAAGUGAAGUCGAUACAGAAUUAUUUCCGUGA